AUGUCUCAAGCUACUAAUCAAGAGUCGUUGUUUUCUGUCAAAGGCAUCGUAGCAGUGAUUACUGGGGGAGGAAGUGGUCUUGGAGCGAAUAUAGCCAAAGCUCUUGAUGCCAAUGGAGCACGAGCUGUUUAUAUUCUGGGCCGUCGUGCAGAUAGCCUCAAGAAGACUGCUGACGCGGCAGUCAACAGAAGCAUCGUGCCAUUGACAGCGGACGUAACGUCUCAAGAAUCGCUGUCUGCUGCAGUCGAGACAAUACGCGCUCGGGAGGGCCUUGUCAAUGUUCUGAUAGCCAAUUCCGGCAUCAUCGGUCCCAGCACCGCUGAUCUAUUUGCCGGAGGUAAGACUCCCUCCAUCGACGAACUACAAUCCAAACUAUGGAGCACUCCCAUAGAAGAGUUCACGAAACCGCUUCACGUCAACGUGACGGGAGCCUUCUACACCGCUGUCGCUUUUCUCGGGUUACUAGACGCGGCAAACCGCCAGCCAGAUUCGGCGUCUCGUCCAAAGAGCCAGGUCAUUGUCGUGACUUCGAUCGCCGGUUUUAUGCGUAACCCAGCAGCAGGGUUCGCCUAUAGUGCGAGUAAGGCUGCCGCAACGCAUAUGGUUAAACAGCUCUCCACAAGUUUGGCACCGUAUAAGAUUCGAUGCAAUGGCAUUGCGCCGGGAUUCUUUCCUAGUGAGAUGACGGAAAGUGUGCCCUUUAUGCAAGGGCUGGAUCCUCGCAUUGAGGGGAAUGUUUCUUCUCAGAUUUGUCCGUUGGAGCGGACGGGCUCGGAAGAGGACAUAAAUGGCUUGGCACUGUUUUUGAUCAGUCGAGCGGGGGCGUAUGUGAAUGGAUGUGUGCAGUUGAUCGAUGGAGGACGCGUUGCGAUAUUUCCGGCAGCGUAUUAG